AGAGGGCUGAGGAAUAGGAAGGGGCUGAGGGAAGGAAGAGGUUGAGGGAACGAGGGAAAGCCCUAAAAAAGUGGAGGGAAAAAAGCCAAAAAAACAAGGUGAAAGGACCCCAACCGUGUUGUUUUAACCGUUCUGUAAUGGACGGGGUUGGGAUUUGUGGCCUGUCUGUCAGCGGUGCGGUUGUGCCUCUAGAUGUUCCUGAGCUGAGGCUCAUCUGUCCCCACUCGGGACUACAUUGCCCAUCAGCCCCCGCGGCCUUUCCCACCCCGGCGGACUCGGUUUCCCAGCAGCCCCCGCAGCGCGCGAGGGGUCAAGAUGGCGGUGGGGAGCGGCCCCGCGGCCCGGGAGCUCUUCGCUGAGGGGCUGCUGCAAUUCCUGCGCCCCGCCGUGAGACAGCUCGACCAUCACGUCCACAGCGUCAGGGAGAGCCAGGUGGAGCUGCGGGAGCACAUCGACAGCCUGGCCACAGAGCUUUGCCGCAUCAACGAGGACCAGAAGGUGGCCCUUGACCUCGACCCCUACGUGAAGAAGCUGCUCAACGCCCGGCGCCGGGUGGUGCUGGUCAACAACAUCCUGCAGAACGCCCAGGAGCGGCUACGGAGGCUGAACCACAGCGUGGCCAAGGAGACCGUGCGGAGGAGGGCGAUGCUGGAGGCUGGGGGCUACCAGGGCAAGUGAGAGCCAGGGGAGCAGGUAUCCCCGGGAUCACAGCCUUGGGAAUUAGGGGGGGUGUCCCUCCUCACCUGCCACAUGGGGAGCAGGGACCC